AUGUCUCAACCAGAGUUUCACCAACUCUCCAACAACGUUCAUCGUUUGGAUUUAGUGUACAAGGCCAAUUUUCUCUUCCCUUCCAUUCCAGUUUCUAUCUAUCUCGUUCAAGAUAAUUCACGUUAUUAUCUCAUCGAUGCUGGCCCUCCAAAUUCGGAAAAAUUAAUCAUUCAAGCUUUGGCCAAAUUCUUCGACAAGGAAAUUAAUGAUGAAAAGAAUUUUUCAAUUUUAAAGGAAAUUGAUGCCAUCAUUCUAACUCACUAUCAUGUUGAUCAUUGUGGAAGUGCACGUGCCUUGUAUGAACUCUCUGAUCAGUCGAUGCAUAUUUCAUGUCAUCAAGAUGAGGUGGAUUUUUUGGCAGAGGUACAUCCGAAUUUUGAUAAUGUAAAAUCUGAUAAUUGGGUGUUUAAAAUGUCAAAGAAAUUGAUUGGACAACCAACAUUGGGAAUUCCUGGAAUUUCGCAUUCUGAAAUUAUGAAUGCUUAUGGAGCUAGUGAGGAAAAGAAAUGUGGAAAGAUGAAAUUUUGUCAUUGUCCUGGACAUACACCAGGUCAUUGUUGUUUUUAUCAUGAGGAAGAUAGAGUCUUGAUUGGGAGUGAUUUAAUUAUGAAUUUAAAGAACAAGUUGGAAUUUUCACCAUCAAUAUCAUCUCCAAAUAUUAAGGAAUCGAUUGAACUCACAAAGAAAUUGGUUAAUUCAAUGAAAGAUAAGGUGGAGAAAUUCUUUCCAAGUCAUGAUGUUUCUGAACAUGGAAUUGACUUUGAUCAAGUUGUAAAAUUUGCACAAUAA